AUGGGCCAGAAAAUCUCAGGGAAUAUAAAGUCUGUGGAUGUGAGGGAACCAGCCUACAGGCCAGUUAAGCGAGAGUUGCGAGGUCCUGACUUUUGUAAACCAACUCGGCUUGACAUGCUACUGGAUAUGCCGUCGGCUUCUCGAGAAGUUCAGCUAAAACAUGCCUGGAACAACGAGGACCGUUCUCUGAACAUUUUUGUAAAAGAAGAUGACAAGGUAACCUUUCACAGACACCCAGUAGCCCAAAGCACAGAUUGUAUCCGAGGUAAAAUUGGGUACACACGAGGGCUUCACGUUUGGCAGAUUCACUGGCCUACGAGACAAAGAGGAACACAUGCAGUGGUUGGAGUGGCAACGGCUGAAGCUCCAUUGCAUUCUGUGGGAUACACCUCAUUAGUUGGCAGUAAUAAUGAAUCAUGGGGUUGGGACUUGGGUCGCAACAAACUAUAUCACAAUAGUAAAAACCAGCCAGGACUAACCUAUCCGGUGUUUUUGGAGCCAGAUGAAUCAUUUGUACUGCCAGAUAGUUUCUUGGUGGUUUUGGAUAUGGAUGAAGGAACAUUGAGUUUCAUAGUUGAUGGACAAUAUCUGGGUGUGGCUUUCCGAAGUCUGAAAGGGAAAAAACUGUACCCAAUAGUCAGUGCAGUCUGGGGGCACUGCGAGAUAACAAUGAGAUACAUCAACGGACUUGACCCGGAACCAUUGCCUUUAAUGGACUUGUGUCGAAGAUCCAUUCGCCUUUCUCUUGGCAAGGAACGAUUGCAUGAAAUAGAGACCCUACCCAUGCCUGUUUCUCUGAAGAAUUAUUUGCAGUACCAGUGAUGAAUAAACUGGGACUAAGCUGGAAAAUCAAUGCAAAGAGAUGAAAAGCUAUGGUUUACAUCAAAUUUUAAUCUGUGGAGGACCCAUGGUUGUUUGAAAUAUUGUGACUUCCAAAUAGGCGAUGCUUAGAUAGGAAUUAGAGGAGAACCUGUCAUAUGAAUUAAGAGGAUUAUUUUCAACCAGUGUUAAAGGUAUUCCUAUUUUAGCAGUAAAACAGUACCUCAUUACAAAAUCCUCUUAAUCCAAGAAACUGCUUUAUAUGCAUUUGUAAUUUUAGCCUGUUGUCCCUACGAAGCCUAGAUUGUUCAAAUGCUCCCUGUAAUAUUCAGCAGGUUGUAGCUUGAGGAUAUUGCCUUGUAAUUGUUUUGUAUUUUUUUCCUGUUUAAAACUGAACAUGCAGGUUGAAGAGAUUCUUGAAUUCAGUAAUCAGCUAACAGGGACCUCUGGGGCAAUUACAGUAGUUGUUUUUAAAUGCGGGGGUAUUAGCUUGUAUACUAGUACUGUGCUAUUAUUUUUAGCAUGACUGUCAUAUUUAACUGAUUGAGAUCUGGUUUUCAACAGAUGAAGAGAAAACAUAUGCCUUGAAGCCAGUAUGCACGAGCUUCUACUUAUUGCAAAAUUUCCUGUGAAGUUCUGCAUGAAUUUGAAAAGAAACUACUGAGAGAUCACACAAUAUUCACUGUUACAAAGCUCAAGUCACUUUUUAUUUUGAACAAAGUUUUUCCAGAACUGUUUUACUUCAUUCAACUUAAAAACUUUGUUCACUGCAAUGUACUAGUACGUGUGUGGAAUAGUUUUAUCUGUGCAGAGACUGUAUUAUAAUAACCCUGCUCCAUACCAGUCCCUUCACUGGUGAGCUGCAGUCAUUUUCACUUCUGCAUAGGUCAGAUCUUUUUAAGAUGCUGCUGCUUAACUUUCUUAGACCUGUUUUAAAGUUAUUUAGUUUUUAAACUGGAAAUUGUUGCAGUUGCAGGGUGUCGAAUGUAAGGACGGUGCUGCCUUCAGAAUUUUAAAUGUGAACUAACCGAAUGAAGAAGUUUCUAAUAAAGUUUACUGUCCAAA